AUGGGAGGGACACUAUGGGAUGAAGGAGCUGUCAUCUGUAAUUGGUCUGCAGCCAUGGAUUUUACAGGAACUCAAGAGGAAGCACUCAUUAUGACAACCAGAUGGGCUCUGAUGGAGGGCAGGAAAAGAAGGCUUGAGAAAAUUUGUUGCUGCUUGGGUAAUGCUAAUUUGGUGAAGAAACUUAUGGACAGAUCUUCUUUUCCUUGGGGGUACAAUGUGGUGGCAGAUGAUGUGUAUCUUUUAGUGAACUCCUUUUCUUCGUGUUCUUUCUUGUUCAAUUUUGUUGCUUGUGUUCUAGUUUGA